AUGAGGACUAGAGACGACUCUGCGCUUGACGAAGCUGCAACACCUGCCGCUCGUACUGGUAGGACGAGGCGCAUUAGUGAGCGGAACAGGAACAGAAGCAAGAGCUCGCCGCCGGUCUCGCAGGUGGGUGUGCCCUUGGCGCGAGAGCCAGCAGGUCACGAAGAGGAUUCUUCGGACGGGACGGCAUAUGAGGAAUCGGACAAAGACGACGUUAGCUCUCUUGACGACACUUCAUCGGACGAGAAGGGAUCGACAGCGACCCCCAUUAUUCCUGGUAGCGGAAGCGUUCCUGGUAGUGGAAACGUUCGGAAUAAGAAUCCACUUCGCACAAACAAGAGAGGGCUCGCGUUGGCGAUUCAGAAGACUUUGGCAGACGCAAUUGAAUCAAGAGGUGGACGCGACGCUUUCUUCGACGCAGGCACAAACAAGGCAACUCCGGGGCGUCAUCAACCUCUGUUUGACAUCUGCGAGCAGGAUACAGAUACGUACGGCGUGUCCGGAUCACACAGACGAGAGCAGGUGCGAUCGAAGUGUCGGUGGUGGCGUAGUUUGUCACUCGAGGAGUACCAGAAAGUGAUCAAGGGCCUCGGUGUGGCACCUGCCUGCGAAAGGGAAUCGCUUCCUGCGACCGGAUCAAAAUCUGCAAGCAAGACCAAGAGCAAGAGCGCCUCGAAAUCCAGCAAGGCCAGCACUCAAUCGUCAUCGAAGAAGCAAAAGCAAACGCCUGUCGCUGCUGGAAAAUCGCAGAGUAAGAGAUCCACGCGUUCCAAGAAGGAGGUACCACCAGUUCCGGCACCAACUCCUGCUGUUCCUGCUGACUUCACCAAUUACCGAGACGCGGGCUACCAGUAUUCUGACAGUGAAGAAGAUCCAGAGCCAACUCCUGACCCAGCUCGCAAGCUUUUUUAUUCGCCAAAUCAGAUCACCCCAACACCAGCCAAAAUGGCCAGCGUCCACAGUGGCCGUUCACGAAAGUCCAAGGCUUCCGACGAAACGAUUGGUGCCUUUCCAAUUGAGGUGGACACCGAGUGUCCCGAGAACAACCUCAUCGUUGAUGUGGUGAAAUUCACCGGAUUUGAUUACCGUGGAAAGGAAUACAAUGGGUAUGACAUCAGUUUUGUGGGUGACUAUCGUCACUUCAAGCACGACCGCUACAAGUUUAGCAUCCCAAAUCCGGAUACUAGUCCGCAUGUCGUCUUGUUUGAGAAACCAUCACGAAGCAGCAUCUUCGAGCCUGAUGGAAAGGACCAAGCACAAUACCUUAAAGCGGAGAAAGCGGAAGCUGUCAAAAAGGGCCACAGAAAAGCCAAUGAGGCCAUGAAAGGAGACAAAUCCCGAGACACGUUGAAGUUCCUGUUGAAGUUCCCCGAUGGUGCCAAGAUUACGAAUGAUCCUUUCCGAAGCGAUACUGAUCAUGGUGCCAAGUACUUUGAAGGGGACCAAUUCGUGAUCAAAUUCAAAACUGGAGACAAGGACAAAAAUGACAAGGAGGUGAUUGGUUGGAAUUGUAGAAUGUCCUACAAGGUGAUCGACUUGAACUCCGGCGAGACAUUCAAGGGAAGCGGGAAUGCAGCAGCAAAGAAAGCUGCAGACAUGAUGCGUGACCUCAGCAGCAGCAGCAGCAGCAGCAGCAGCGAAGAAGAGGAUCCAAUGGAAGACAGCUCGACAGAUCCAGACAGUGUGGUGUCUGUUAAGUCGAGAAGCCCACCACCAAAAGUCGAUAGCUCUGCGUCCGAAGAUGGCGAUUCCGUUGACUCGUCGAAGAUGGAAACUUCUCCUGAGAAGGAAGAGCAAAACCUGGAGGGAGAACUCGACCCUGACGUGGUGGCCAAUCUGGAAGGCAUGGGAUUUAGUUUGUCGGAUAUUCUGUGGUGUUCAACCUAUGCAAAUGGAAAUGUUGAUCUCACCCUCCACUAUUUGCAGAAUGGAAUUCCAGAACAAGAUAUUGUGGCAGCACUUCAAGCAGAAACUCCGGGAUCAGAGAGCGCUCCAGUCACAGAGAGCGCUCCAGUCGCGGGAGGGCCACUGGUUGUCAAGAGCUCAAAGAAAUUCGAACCAGUCAACCGGAGGGAACAAUUCAAGUCCAAGGCGACCAGCAAGGAGAGCCGUGUAGAUGCCAAAGAAGCUAUCCGCGAGAAGAAGAAAUACGAGACAAUCAAGAAGGCUCGCAACAGUUCCUUGGCUGCUGCUGUUGCCACUGGCGGCGGCGACGGUAGUGCUUUCAUUGAUGGUAUUGCAACUGGUCUGCAAAAGCAUAUCCAAGAAGGCAACACACUGCUUGAGGAAAUCGGUGGAGAAGAAGGUGCUCCAACAAUGGCUCCGCUUCCUGAAUCGCCACCAGACAACAAACUCGGCAUUACCGGUACCAGUAUGGGAGCCAGCUUCGAUGAGGACGACCAACUGAAACUUGAUCCAUUACAACAACAGAAAGGCGAUUACUAA